AUGGUACCAGGCAAUGGUACACAAAAUUCAGAAUUUCUUCUUCUGGGAUUAUCAAAGGAACAAGAACUGGAGCCCCUCAUAUUUGGGCUUUUCAUCUUCAUGUACCUUGCAACUAUAUUGGGAAACCUGCUCAUCAUCCUGGCCACUGUCUCAGACUCCCACCUCCACACACCCAUGUACUUCUUCCUCUCCAAUUUGUCCUUUGUAGACAUCUGUUUCACCUCCACCACCAUCCCAAAGAUGCUAGUGAAUAUACAGACGCAGAGCAAAGUGAUAACUUACAAAGGCUGCAUCAGCCAGAUGUAUUUUUACAUACUUUUUGCAGUGUUGGAUGAUUUCCAUCUGGCUGUAAUGGCCUAUGACCGUUUCUUGGCCAUCUGUCACCCCUUGUCCUACACAGUCAUGAUGAGCCCCCAGCUCUGUAAACUUCUAGUUCUGAUAUCCUGGCUCAUAAGUGCCCUGCAUUCCUUGUUAGAAAGCUUAAUGGUGUUGCGACUGUCCUUCUGCACUGACUUGGAAAUCCCCCACUUUUUCUGUGAAAUCAAACAGGUGAUCCGACUUGCCUGUUCUGACUAUUCUCUCAGUGACACGGUUAUGUAUGUUACAGCAGUGCUGCUGGCUGGGGGUGCCCUUGCUGGUAUCCUUUACUCGUACUCAAAGCUAGUUUCCUCCAUAUGUGGAAUCCCUUCAGCUCAGGGGAAGUAUAAAGCAUUUUCUACCUGUGUGUCUCACCUCUCAGUUGUCUCCUUAUAUUAUUUUUCAAGCCUAGGAGUGUACCUUCUCCCUGCUCCUACCCACAGUUCACGCUCAAGUGCUGCAGCCUCAGUGAUGUACACUGUGGUCACGCCCAUGCUGAACCCCUUCGUCUACAGUCUGAGGAACAAAGACAUACAGCGGGCUCUGAAAAGAGUCGUUCAGAUGGUAUGUAUCAAAAAGAAAAUUGUUCUAGGGCUGAAGAAGUGCCCAUGA